UGGCGGACAAGGAGAAACGCCGGUCCGGGGUUAAUCCUCCGGGGAUGCCCGCGGGUAAAGCCACCAAAUCGGACAGCGACAGGGAGUUUCUAUCGCAGGCAGGGGUGGGAGACCUGCUCCGCGGGGCUAUCCUCAAAAUGGUCGAAGCCAGAUCAGACGAUCCCAUCGGGUUCCUUGCAGACCACUUCUGCAACCUCGCAUCCGUGACAGCCGCCGGCUUGGGUGGUUGCGGCGACGAGGAGCAGGUGAACACCGGCACUGUGAGCGCAGGCGCGCAGGAGCAGCAGCGUCUCAACCGGGCUCUGUGGCACCUGCGGCUGGCCCACCACUCCCAGAGAUCUGCAUUCAGCAACAAUGUCCGUGUGGCCUACGACCUCCUAAACCUCACUGGACCUCAAACAUGUGCAGGAGAGUUUUCUGAAGGCCCUGAUGGCCCCUGCACCGACAGCCCCGCCGGAGGAGGAGGAGUAAGAGGCGGCCUCUACACUCAGACCUUGCAAUGCCUGUGCAGCGAGGGUGGAGUCCCUGCAUCCACCUCUGCUCCCCUCCUGCGACGCCUCCAUUGUCACGACCAUGAAGCCGUCCCCUAUGAUGUCUUCCGUCAUGGCGUGCUCACGUGUGCCGUUUUCUCAGACUACAUCCGACAGGCUCAAAGGCUUUACGCCGAGGUGUGCUGCCCAGGUGAGGGUACUGCCUCUCGGGCAUUGUGCCUGGCCGUACUGGGGACCUUGAAAGAAGCGCUAGAGACUUCCCAGGGCUCUGACUCAAACUACUGUGCCAAUGCAAACACAAAAGUAAAUUCCUGCCCUGAAGCUAAUGUGAAGGCUAUCCGCUACCUCGAGGCCAGUGCCAAGAUCUCUCCCUGCAAGCUGGCUCAGGCCAUGGCUGGUGCACAGACACGGGGGCCUGGCGGAAACAUGGAUGCAAAAGAGUUUGAAAACGCAGCUGCAGAGUUGUUCAUCACUCGAGUUAAAGUUGUGUCCUAAGUCUUUGUAUGACUGAAGAAUGUACAAGUAUCUAAAGCAUAUCCACAUGUAAAUGAUUUGCUUAUAUUCACUAGGGCUGCACGAUUUUGCAUAAAAUGAGAAUCACGAUUUUUUUGCUUAGAAUUGAGAUCACGAUUCUCUCACGAUUUUC